UUACCAAACAAAAAAUUGCGCCAAACCUGAAAAACACAAACCGACAUAAACCAACAGGAAAGAAAUUUAGGGUUUAUGAAACUUUGGAUUUUCCAUUUUUGUGGCGGGAAUGGAAAAAUCGGGCACCAAGCGGAAGAGUUCCAGAGGCAAAUCCAAAUUCCAGAGUGUAGAAAUCAUCAGGGACAAUCAACCUCUCAAAUUCCGCCAAAAUUCUAGUAAAAACAAGGACGACGAAAAAGACCCCCAAAAUAAAAAUCAAGACGACGACGCUGAUUGGGAAGAAGGGUGCAUUCCAUCUUCUUCAACUUCUAACAACAUCAAUGCUAAUCAAAACAAUGGGGUUACCAUUGAAUUUGACGCUUUGCCCAAUUCGCCGAAAAAGAAGCGUAUUCGAAGAGCUACUGCUGAAGAUAAGGAAUUUGCAGAGCUUGUGCAUACGGUUCAUCUGCUUUGUUUGAUUGCAAGAGGGCGGUUAAUUGACGCUGCUUGCGAUGAUCCUCUUAUUCAGGCUUCCUUGAUCUCACAUUUACCGCCACACUUACUGAAGCUAUCAGAAGCUACCAAACUUACUGCUAAUUCUUUGACUCCUCUUGUCUCUUGGUUCCAUCAGAAUUUUCAUGUGAAGAGCCCGAGCAGUGCAGAAAAACCUUUCCAUUCCGCUCUAGCAUCUGCUCUUGAAGUGCAAGGAGGGAGUCCUGAAGAGGUUGCUGCGCUGUCUGUAGCACUUUUUAGAGCUCUAAAUCUUACAACAAGGUUUAUAUCAGUGUUGGAUGUAGCCUCCUUGAAACCAGAAACUGAUGGAAUUGAGCUAUCAUAUUGCGAGAGCAGCAGGGAGAGAAAAAAUAUUUUUAACUCUUCAACACUUAUGGUUAGUAAAAUGAGCACAGGUUCGACAAGUUUAACGAAAUCAUCUGCUUCCAAUGGAAAAAAUAUCAAUGGUACUUGCAUUACCUCAGUUUCUGAAGCUAAGCAAGGGCAUGUAAAAAAUAAUGAAGUUAAAGAUUCACCUGCUUCUAAUCAGAUGAUAAAGUCCGAUCUACCAGUUGGUGAGACACAGAAUGAUUCCGAGGAUGACAAGUUCUCAAGGAAGAAAGGGGACUUGGAAUUUGAGAUGCAGUUGCAAAUGGCUAUGUCCGCUACAGCAGUGGUAGCCCCGGAAGGGAAACUUGAAGCAUCUACUAGUGGUUCACCUAGUAGUUCAAAAACUUCUCUAUCUCCGUUGAAAAGAAUAAAGAGAAUAGCUGAAGAACCCCCCUCAUCCUCCCAUGUUAUAUCUACAGCAAUAGGAUCAAGAAAAGUUGGAGCUCCAUUAUAUUGGGCGGAGGUCUAUUGCAGUGGUGAAAACAUGACAGGAAAGUGGGUUCAUAUUGAUACUGUUAAUUCUAUCGUUGACGGAGAGCUGAAGGUAGAGGCUGCAGUUACUGCAUGCAAGAAGUCUUUGGGAUAUGUUGUUGCCUUUGCUGGACAUGGGGCUAAAGAUGUAACACGCAGGUACUGUGCAAAGUGGUAUAAAAUAGCCCCAAAAAGAAUUGAUUCAGAAUGGUGGGAUGCUGUGUUAGCUCCACUGAAGGAGUUGGAGUCUCGUUCAACUGGUGGAAUAGUACCUUUGCAUCAGAAGGAUAUGAAAUCCUCAGAUAUGUUCGACAGUCGGAGCAAUCUCGAGGAUAUGGAGUUGGCAACAAGGGCAUUAACGGAACCCCUUCCUAGCACUCAACAGGCAUAUAGAACUCAUCCACUGUAUGCUAUUGAAAAAUGGCUUACGAAGUAUCAGAUUUUGCAUCCAAAAGGUCCUAUACUUGGUUUCUGUUCCGGUUACGCUGUUUAUCCUCGAACUUGUGUGCAAAUACUCCACACAAAAGAAAGAUGGCUUCGCGAGGGGCUGCAAGUUAAGGAGAAUGAGCUUCCUGCAAAGGCGGUGAAGAGUAACUCUAAGAAUCGUAGAGGAGAGACUACUGAAGCAGAAGAUUUAUGUGAGGGCGGAUCACAUGGAGUUGUUUCUCUGUUUGGAAAGUGGCAAACUGAACCAUUGUGUUUACCUCCUGCUGUAGAUGGCAUUGUGCCUAAGAAUGAGCGUGGUCAAGUGGAUGUUUGGUCUGAGAAGUGCCUCCCUCCAGGCACUGUGCAUCUGCGGUUCCCAAGGUUGGUUCCUGUUGCGAAGAGACUUGGGAUCAAUUUUGCUCCUGCCAUGGUUGGGUUUGAAUUUCGAAAUGGACGGUCAAUACCUGUCUAUGAAGGCAUUGUGGUCUGCACUGAAUUCAGAGAAACAAUUCUAGAGGCAUAUGCAGAAGAGGAGCAAAGACGAGAGGAAGAAGAGAUGAAAAAGGAAGAGAGACAGGCACUUUCUCGAUGGUACCAACUUCUCUCAUCUAUGGUUAUCCGACAAAGGUUGAACAAUACUUACAUGAACAAUGUGGAAUCAGAAACUGUUACCAAACCCUUGAAGUCUGAAAAUGAAUCUUCAUGUGCUGCUGCUGCAAAUGUGAAUGAAAGUACUGUGCCUCACCAGGGAAAUACAUGUGGAACUAAGAUUCAUGAUUCGGACCCGAUGCACAAGCAAAAUCAUGAACAUUUCUUUUUGACAGAUGAUGAGAGUUUUGAUGAGGACAGCAUGACCCGUACAAAACGAUGUCUUUGUGGAGUAUCAAUUCAGGUCGAAGAGCUUUAACACUAGUUUUUACCAUGGUAUAACUUAUUCGGACCAAAAAGUACAGUACAACUUAUGGUUGGCAUGGUGAUUUUCCUUCUGGGGAACUUGAGAGAGGGAAAAGAGAUGAGACAGAAUGUGCCAAGUUUGGCAUUUUCAUAUGCACACUCUCCUCAUCUGAUGGCGGUUUUUAGUCAGGUCGAGUUGUUUACAUAUCUGGACAAAUGCUGCACGAGAUUUGGUUUUGAUUAUGAUCUUAUCCUAGUGUGUAAAAUGAUCAGGAUCUCAGGGAAGUAAAUUCGAAGGUUGGAUGGUUUUAGGUCUAACAAGUGUAUGUUUAAGUAAUUUAACUGAAGUUGAUUUAUAUCCAGUCAUGCUUUUGGUUUCUUAGGGUUGCUGUUUUCCAGCUUAAGCCUAGAGAAGUUGUCUGUAUAUUUAACUGUAAUUUAACUGAACUUGAUGCUUCUCCUGUUGCUUUUGAAAACCAGCAAGCCUCGGUCUAGAUAUGGACUUUUGUUGUAAUGAUUAUAAAGCUCGGUGUUAAUCAUCUGUUCGGCAGCUAAUACAUACGGAGUAGUAGUAUUACUGUAUUAGUCAUGGUGUAUCCGAAGCUAAUGUUUGAUGUUUAUUUGAUAUCUUUGUAAAACA